GAUAAUGAGGUAUUCGGUACCUGAAUGCAACAGCUGGCGCACUCGGUGAGAGGAUGUCCUGACUUCAUCAUCGCUUGUUACAUAUAUUUAAAUCUCGAAGUCAAUGAAAGCUUCCGUGGUUUUGACAAAAUAUCCAUUCAGUCACCAUUCCAGGAACUGAGCAUCUAGAUAUCUAUCGCGCAAUAUAAGGUUAAUUUUGGAUACAAUUGGCGGGGAUUUUAAUUAAAUAGGUGGUUGGGCAACGAACCUUGGAAUAAUAUAACGGUCAAUCUAGACCUAUAUCUCCAUACGUUAACGAUCCAAAAUGCGUUACCAUUCUUCAUUCCUCGCUUUCUCCCUCCUCACCUCAACCACAGCUCUCCAAAUCCCAUCAUUACUCUCACCGCCGGAGCCUUUCUAUGCACCACUUUCCCUCGACCUUGAUAUCUCCUCAGAAUCAUCCAUAAUAUCAAAUGAAACUAUUUUCCCAGAUACUUCACCAGCUUCCUCAAAACCUAAACCCGAACUCCUCAAGCGCGAUGGAAACUGCCCCAGCAAUUACAACUCCUGUUCUACUCUGAAAGAUUCAUAUGGAGGGGCAUGUUGUCCGGCGGCAGCAGUAUGUUCAACAGAUGCUUCUCAUAAUAUAGCUUGUUGUGCAGUUGGCGCAUCGUGUACUGGUACUAUUGCAGUUGCAACUGCAACGAGUCCAGCAUCAGUUUCCGCGACUGCAACGGGAACAUUCGUCCCGAAUGCUUAUUUCCCAUUCCCAGUCUUACCUACUAGUUAUGUCAACUCUGCAGCAUGUGCUAGCGCGACGGCUUCUUGUGCUAAGAAUUAUGCGCUUUGCACUGUCGAUCUCGAGGGAGGAAUGGGCGCGGGAAUCACAAUCUCGGCUGCAAACGGCGGUGUUACUGUGGCUGCAAGUACUAUCAGUGGAGGGUGGCUGCCAGCAGCCAGUGCCGCAAGUGUCUGUCAGAGUUUGAGUAGUGUUGCGUGUAACGCUGUUGAAAGCGCUGGGUGUGCGCAAUUCGGUACAGGAGCCGCAACUGCUACCUUUGUCAUUGGGACCAAUGGAGUGGGCGCAAUGAUUCCAAGACCAACUAUGAUGAAUUGUCUGCCAUAUGCGGCUGCUGCGGCUGGAGUUAUGGGAUUGGUGAUUUGAGAUGAAAACGGACGGAUUGGGAUUCUAUAAGUCCAUUCGGAAUUCAAAAUGGAAAUACGACAUGCUUCCUAGUUUGAAGAAGGUGUGAGAUACAAUUGGUACUGCGGAAGGUUAUGCAACAAAUGUUACGAUAUAAUGUCUGGCUGGGUAUGGUGGAAUGAAUUUAAGAUGAGAGGGUGCUUUUUUUUGACAUGAGAUGAAAGGGUUAGCGAGUUGAGGAAAGGAGACGCGUGUGAAAAGCUUGAUAAGCGGAUACCUAUCUUGAGCGAUUGAGCAUAGUUUUGGAGUUUGACGAUUAACGAAUAUGGACGAGGUUUUCUGAUGUGGAAUGAUAUGAUGGCAGUCGGUGGGAAUUUUUACAAGUAUCAUACCUAGAUAAAUAUCAAUGUGUACAAUUUAUGAACA